UCUCCAGUCGGUGGAGAGUCAGGAGAAGAGCAGACCUGGCCCAUGUUGAGGAGCUUGCAGACGGCACAUUUUUCACUACUGACGCGCUGUUUGGGCUCCGCGGGUUUCUUCUGCUUCUUGUGAUGAUCGUAACUCACCGUGUGAGAGCGCAGAGUCCGCGGGUGGAGCGGUGCUCCGGUCAGUCUGACAGAGCUACUAGCGUUAGCUGUGUUUGACUAGCCCGUUAACAGUACACGAACUUGGCUCGUAGAGGCUAGUUAGCAGGUUGUGCUAACGCGCUAGCCUCGGUUUGGUCAGGUGCAAAGUGACUACUGCUGCUGGGAGACCCAAGAAGAAGCGUUUUUACCUCCAAGUGUUAGCGUCUUCAAGCCUCAGAGGAUACCUCGCUGUGGAUGCCCGGCUGGGAGGAAGCGCUGGAGAGUCCCGCUGCUUGUCUCCACCUCCACAUUUCCCAGCCUCCUGCCUUCCACCUUCACUGUCCCUGGCGCAGUCGGUGGCUCAGCAACACUUCAAAGGGAAAGAAUCAGAUCUUGGAGUUGGACUUAGAGGGGAGAAGACCAAUCGUGGCCUGAACUAAGAUACGCAGAGAGAACUAAUGCCAAGCCCUUCUCCUCCUCAGACAGCCUAGCGAAGGUCCAGGAGGUAGCAAGCUGGCUUUUGGAAAUGAACCAGGAACUGCUGUCGGGGGGCAGCAGCAGCGGCGGGCGGAGUCGGGGGCCUGGGGGUCCGGCAGUGCGAGGUAACGCCUCCUCCACGGCCCGGGCACCCCAGCAGGCGGCAGAGGAGGGCGAUGAGGAUGAGCACAUGAACCGGGUGGUUGAGGAGGAAGAGCAGCUGCAGCAGAGGCCUGAGGCGUCACAGGUUGAUGGUGAGAGAGAACAACCAUGGGCGCCUAGCGAGUCAGGAGCCAGCAACGGCCCUCGGGAAGACGAGGAAGGGGAGGAAGACGAAGAGGGCCUGCCAAACGGCGUGAACGGAGGAGAGAAAGGAGCCCGAUGGAUGUGGGGGGCAGAGCAGAGACGACUGCGAAGCCAGCCGCUUGCUGAGGAGGAGGAGGAGGAAGAGGAAGAGGAGGAGAACAACAACAGCAGCAGCCACCAGGAGGAGGAGGAGGCAGAAGAGAGGACAGAGGGAGGGGAGGAGCAGGGAAGGGAAGAAGAGGAUAGGGAAGAGGGUGAGGAGGAAGAAGAGGAGGAAGAGGAUGAGGAAGAGAUGGACCAAGACAGUGAUGACUUUGAACAUUCAGCGGAGAGCGGGAGGGAGGAGGAGGAGGAAGGCUCUCCCUCUCUCAGGAACAAUGUGUCUGCCCCCAGUAAUAACGAGGACUCGGGAUGUACACACCAAAGCUCUUCCAACAAGAAGAUGAAGAGAAAGUUGGACCAUGGUCCCGAGGUCCGAUCUUUCCCUUCAGGAAAAAAGCCCUGCAAAGGUCCAGAGUAUCCGAGCCCGACAGGAAUUGUCCCAUGUCCGGCCACACCCACAACAUUUGGCCACAUCAGAACAGCCAAUGGUCAGGGGCAGCAGAGACGACGCAUCACCUCAAUCCAGCCACCCACGGGUCUCCAGGAAUGGCUCCGAACAUUUCAGAGCUGGACUGGCCCAGAGAAGCUGCUGGCGCUGGAUGAGUUGAUUGACAGCUGUGAGCCCACACAAGUCAAGCAUAUGAUGCAGGUGAUUGAGCCGCAGUUUCAGCGAGACUUCAUCUCCCUGCUGCCCAAAGAGCUGGCUUUAUACGUGCUGUCAUUCCUGGAACCGAAGGACCUCCUCCAAGCAGCACAGACGUGUCGCUACUGGCGCAUCCUUGCAGAAGACAACCUGCUGUGGAGGGAGAAAUGCAGGGAAGAGGGUAUCGAUGAGCCCCUUACCCUGAAAAAGAGAAAAAUUGUCAAGCCUGGCUUUACUCAUAGCCCCUGGAAGAGUGCCUACAUCAGGCAGCACAGAAUAGACACUAACUGGAGGAGAGGGGACCUCAAAUCACCCAAGGUGCUCAAAGGCCAUGAUGACCACGUGAUCACCUGCCUCCAGUUCUGUGGCAAUCGCAUUGUCAGCGGCUCUGAUGACAACACGCUGAAAGUCUGGUCGGCUAUCACAGGAAAGUGUCUGCGGACAUUGGUGGGCCACACAGGGGGCGUGUGGUCAUCCCAGAUGCGAGACAACAUUAUCAUCAGUGGCUCGACUGAUCGCACACUCAAGGUUUGGAACGCAGAGACGGGAGAAUGUAUCCACACCCUCUAUGGGCAUACCUCAACAGUGCGCUGCAUGCACCUACAUGAGAAAAGGGUGGUCAGUGGAUCUCGUGACGCCACACUGCGCGUCUGGGACAUUGAGUCAGGUCAGUGUUUACACGUCCUCAUGGGCCACGUGGCGGCGGUGCGCUGCGUCCAGUAUGAUGGGCGACGGGUGGUCAGCGGUGCCUACGACUUCAUGGUAAAAGUGUGGGACCCCGAGAUGGAGACCUGCCUCCACACGCUGCAAGGCCACACAAACAGAGUGUACUCAUUACAGUUCGAUGGGAUCCAUGUCGUGAGCGGCUCAUUGGAUACGUCUAUAAGGGUCUGGGACGUGGAGACGGGCAACUGCAUCCACACGCUAACGGGGCACCAGUCCCUCACCAGCGGCAUGGAGCUUAAAGACAACAUCCUGGUCUCAGGCAAUGCAGACUCCACUGUCAAGAUCUGGGAUAUCAAGACUGGCCAGUGCCUGCAAACACUGCAAGGUCCUCACAAGCACCAGAGCGCCGUGACGUGCCUCCAGUUCAACAAGAACUUUGUCAUCACCAGCUCGGACGAUGGCACAGUUAAACUGUGGGACCUGAAGACGGGCGAGUUCAUCCGUAACCUGGUGACUCUGGAAAGUGGGGGCAGCGGCGGUGUGGUGUGGCGCAUCCGGGCCUCCAACACCAAGCUGGUAUGCGCGGUGGGUAGCCGCAACGGCACAGAGGAGACCAAGCUGCUGGUGCUGGACUUUGAUGUAGACAUGAAGUGAGGGGGAACGCGGUGAGGAAGGACAAAGAGAGCGAACCCCAGAGGAAGGAAUAGAGAGGGAAUGGGAGACACGGCACCUGGAAACUGGAGAGCCAACAUCCAAAUGCUAGAACCACCACCACCAAACAGUGGGCUGUCCUGUCCUCUACCAUCAUCUUCCCAAACCCCACCCCCCACCCCCUUUCGGGCAAAUGUUACUGGCAAAGACAAACACCCUCACCUGUUCAGCUCCUGCUUUUUAGCCCCCUCCACCAGCGUAAGGUGGAGUGAAAGGGGAUCGGGUUGGAAACGAGGCGAGGAGGGUGGAGCAUGACUGGUCUGUCCUGUGAUUGGCUGUGAGAAAGAAGAGGAGGAUAGGAAAGGAACGAAUGACUGAACUCUUUUGAAGUGACUCUCAGUCCUUUUGGUUUGGGGGCAGCUUUACUCAGAGACUUAGUUUCGCUCAAGCCUGACAGAUUUUGACAUGUACAGAGAUAUAUUAUUUUUUAAAGCCCCCCCCCCCCAAGUUCCCCUCCCAUCAGCCUGUGCCCACAAAAACACACACAUACACUCAAAAGGCCAACCGUAAAGUGGGAAGCAUUGACCGCAGGUAAAAGCUGAGGAAGGUGGAUUUUCCACAAACAGUUACACCUAAAAGAGCUGCUCGGUGUAGCCUGUUCAGGCUAGUUUCUUGUCACUCCAUUUCUGUUCUUUUUUUUUUUUUUUUUUUGUUGUUUUCCCCUUCUUUAGUUUGAUUUCUUUAAAAUACCGCACACAAACACAACUGUGAAUUUCAACACCUCUUUGGUUUAUCAUAUGAAAGGGUUUUUUUUGCCUUUCCUCACUGUUGCCAACAGCAACAAAUCCCAGUAUUAGAAACCUGCCCUGUUUUAGGUUUGCCAUCUUUAUGUCACAAGGGUUUAUUUUGUUUUAUUUUUUUCACUUGAGUUUUUUUGUUUUGUUUUGUUUUUCCUUUCUGUUUUCUACUUACCUGGGUUUUGGAGCGCCGCCUCCGCAUAAGCAUCCGUGCUGUCCAGAUUUUUCCAGAGUCUAGCUUGGGUGGUUUCCUCAAUGCCAGUGCUGUGAUGAGAGGAAGAAAAGAUCCUUUGCUCUAAGCGCUAUGGAUUAAUGCCCCCUGAACCCCACUUGUUCCCCCUGCCUCAGCUCCCUUUUCCCCCCCUCUACCGUUUUCCCCCAGUGGCCAAACUGUAUUUAUGCUGCUAGAUGAACGGGAAAAAAGAGAGAUGGAACUUUUACUUGCUGUGACGUUUUAGUCCCAGGCGAAAUUCCAAAUUGAACUCUAUAUGUUUGGACUUGCAUAAACGAAAUAUGACAAAAA